UUUUAAUUUUAGAAUUAUUACGGAGAAAGUAUUCUGACGGAGGAGAUAAUUGAUACAUGUGGAGGAAUGCUCUUGGCUGGAAGGUUGGGAGAGCAGGUAAUCGGUAAACUGUUGUAUCCUGAGAUGGUUUUAACUGCUCCAGCAAUGUUGGAUGAUUUAAGGGAUUAUUUCCUGGGUGGACUAGAUGAUAUGGCGACCUGGACUGCAAUUAUCUGGGAGCAAGCAGCCAUUGCUAUUUUUAAUGGCACGGAGGGGUGUUCUAUUCCCGAAAACACGCUAGGGUUUACGUGCUCAGAGAACAGUUUAAUAGAUUGGAGUAAACUUUUCCCUCUUGGUUCAAAUAUAGUUCAUCAAUCCUCAUCCAUCAUGGAGAAAUAUUCAGCUGUUUACCUUCAGAAUAUUGGUGAGAAAUAUUAAGAUGUUUACCGUCAG